AUGGUUGGUGGUGGAAGUCAGUCAUGGGUUGGAGAUGUGAUAGUUGGUGGAAGUCAGUCAUGGGUUGGAGGUGGGAUGGUUGGUGGAAGUCAGUCAUGGGUUGGAGGUGUGAUGGUUGGUGGAAGUCAGCCAUGGGUUGGAGGUGUGAUGGUUGGUGGUGGAAGUCAGUCAUGGGUUGGAGGUGUGAUGGUUGGUGGUGGAAGUCAGUCAUGGGUUGGAGGUGUGAUGGUUGGUGGAAGUCAGUCAUGGGUUGGAGAUGUGAUAGUUGGUGGAAGUCAGUCAUGGGUUGGAGGUGUGAUGGUUGGUGGAAGUCAGUCAUGGGUUGGAGGUGUGAUGGUUGGUGGAAGUCAGUCAUGGGUUGGAGGUGUGAUGGUUGGUGGAAGUCAGUCAUGGGUUGGAGAUGUGAUAGUUGGUGGAAGUCAGCCAUGGGUUGGAGGUGUGAUGGUUGGUGGUGGAAGUCAGCCAUGGGUUGGAGGUGUGAUGGUUGGUGGAAGUCAGCCAUGGGUUGGAGGUGUGAUGGUUGGUGGAAGUCAGCCAUGGGUUGGAGGUGUGAUGGUUGGUGGAAGUCAGCCAUGGGUUGGAGGUGUGAUGGUUGGUGGAAGUCAGUCAUGGGUUGGAGGUGUGAUGGUUGGUGGUGGAAGUCAGCCAUGGGUUGGAGGUGUGAUGGUUGGUUGGUGGAAGUCAGCCAUGGAGAAUGUUAGAGAUGUGAUGGUUGGUGGUGGAAGUCAGCCAUGGGUUGGAGGUGUGAUGGUUGGUUGGUGGAAGUCAGCCAUGGAGAAUGUUAGAGAUGUGAUGGUUGGUGGUGGAAGUCAGCCAUGGGUUGGAGGUGUGUUUGUCUCGUAUUGA